GUUUACGACUCUGUCGGUAACGAUUACAAUAUCUUCGUUCUCAAGCCCUUAGAACAAAUAUGGAUUUGACUUGUCAGAAUUCUAGCUUAACUAUUGAAUAUUUGCUCGGUCAAUUGAAUACGGCGAGACAAGAGAUUAAUAAUUUAAGACAACAAGUGAAAGGUCUACGAUAUAUACUUGAUAAAGAUGUCGAUAAUAUUAAACGUUUCUUGGAAUUACAAAAAUGUGGGGAGACUUUUUCGCACUCCAAGCUAAUAGCUUCAUCUAAAGAAGAAGCAAAGCCUGGUACAAGUAAAGAUCAAGACAUUCUCAAAUUAAAACCUAUUGGUAUCAUCUCUACUUGGUUUCCCAACAAGAGAGCAACUCCAAGACAACCUGGAAUAUGUGGAAAGGUUCCAGGAAAAUUAACACUUUAUAAUUCUGUAUUUACAAAUCCAGAUCAUGCAUUACAGGGUUUGCAGGAUUUUUCACAUAUGUGGAUUUUAUUUCAUUUUCAUAGAAAUGAUUCAACGCACACUCGUGCAAAAGUAGCUCCACCACGAUUGAAUGGAAUAAAAACAGGCGUAUUUUCUACACGUUCUCCACAUCGACCAUGUCCUAUUGGCCUAAGUUUAGUUAAGAUUUUAAAAAUUGAGAAUUAUACAAUUUAUUUUGAAGGUGUUGACAUGGUUAACCAGACCCCUGUUCUAGAUAUAAAACCAUAUAUACCACAAUAUGAUAGCCCAUUACAUAUUGAAAAAUUAAGUAAUAGGUCAAGAGAGAAUAAUAUGAAUGUCUCGGACAUGUUUCAUAAUAUGGGAGAUAUUGUUAAUUUAAGUGAGGAUCAAUCAACUGAUCUUCUUAUUGACGAUACAAAUACCAACAAUGCUGAACAAGUUGAAUUUGAUAUUUCUAAAGAUGAAGAAAUAGCCUUAAGGCUCCAGGUAGAAGAAUUUCAAGCAGAUUCAAAUCUUAGUGGCUAUGAUAUUACAAGACAAUCUUCUCAAUUAAUGGAAGCUUAUGCUAACAAUACUACUUCAUUACAAAUUGAUACUACAGAUAUGAAUACAGAAACAUAUCAAACAAUACAAGAUAGGUCUGACGUGAGAUCAGAUUUGGAUUAUUCUAUUCAACAGAAUGCUGCAAUAUUAAUAGCCGAAUCACAGACAGAUUCUAUUAGAGAUUUGAAUAGCAGAUUACAUGAUAUAGAUAUAAAUAAUCCUAGCAAUACAGAGCCAACAUAUGUAGAAAGAGAUAAUGAUAAUGAAAUAAAUUAUACCGAAAAUCAAUCUUUACGCAACUCUAGAUUGUUAGAUGGAGCAGAUGGUCCCAGUACAGUUUGUGGUACAGAUACAGAUUUAGUCAAUCAUCAUGUGUUGCACGCAAGAGUCGAUAAUUCUCCUGUAAGAAUGGGAAUACGUGAAGCACCCGAUGGAGAGGAAGGACUUGAGUCUCAGAGUUUGACACCAUCGCGAACUUUACCAGAUAUUCACGCAGCAACAACCAUAUCAUCUGUGCCAAUAAAUACAGCAAUGGAGGGUAAUUUUUCUGAGAUAAGAAUACCGAAUUGGAUUUCGCAGCCUCGUACAACAACAUUAUCAGUAAUUUUCAAUGAACGUGCUUUGAUGCAAUUAAAUGAGAUUUCAGACGAUAAAGUUGAAGAACAAAAGCAAGCUAUAGAAAAUGUAUUAAGAGAAGAUCCUAGAUCAGUGUACUUAAGGCAAAGAUGGGGUAGCCAAUUUUACACUUUUUUAAUAUAUGAUUUGCAUAUUACAUGUAGAUUUGACGAUAGUAGAGGUAUUGUUACUGUAUUCCAAGUGCGACAUGCAGGUCGUACUUGUGAUUGCGGUGAACCUGAAUGGCAAUGCUUAGGGCAUUCUCCUUUAUCUUAAUAUAUGAAUAUUGAAUAUUCAAGAGAAAGAGAAAAGCAAAAUACUAUUUCUACAUCAUGAUUUAGUAUAGUUAAUUUAUGCAAAUUUCUAUAUUUUAGAAAU